CGACUGUAACAGGAAAAAGACCGGCAUAGCCUCUCUCAGAUUUCUUUCUGGUUUCACCAUGGAUGCAUCUAAUUGAUCAGCUUUCUUUGCUGAACGCAAAAUUCAUGUCUAUUCAUAAUGACGUAUAAUGACGUAGUGUCAGCAAUGUAAGCAACGAUAUAAAGCCGGCCAUUGAAAAAACAGACCAUUUGAAGUGAUGAAGUUUAUUUCUCAGUAGUUUGUUUCGUCAAUAACUAUGAAUUUUCAAAAAAUUUUACAUUUUUUUUAUGUUAUUUAUCUCAAUAUAAUUUAUUGCUAUUACAAAUUUACAAUGGUGGACUAUAAUAAGAAGGAAGAUGAUAAAACAACGACGCUGAUAGGAUCGGCCUGUAAACAGACUACAAAGUGUUCAAGCUUAUGCUUUUGUCAUAACUUUGUUCAAGAAUUACUCCAGAAUGACUAUGAAAAAUUCUUUGGAGCAUACAGAAUGUGGCCUGAGCAGUUUGAUUUGCUAGUAAAUUUGCUUCAUCCUCAUUUUAAGAAGAACAUCUUAAAACCUUCUCUUCCUACAGAGCUACGUCUAGCUGUCACUUUGUUAUACUUAUCCCAGGGUGAUAACGCUAAGUUAAAACACGCAGAAUUUGGGAUAGGCAAGUCAACUGUUCAUAAAAUAGUGAAUGAAACUUGUUGGGCGAUUUGGACAACUUUACAACCAAUUGUUUUAAAACCUCCUAGUAAAGAAGAUUGGAUAGCCAUCAGUGAAGAUUUCAUGAAAAAGUGGCAAUUUCCAAACUGUCUAGGAGCAUUAGAUGGACGUUAUAUGACAAUUCAAGCUCCACCCAAUUCUGGAUCAGCAUUCUACAAUUAUAAACAAUGGCUGCGUUCAGCAGAAAAACCUCAAUUUUUCAAUAUGAUAUUACUUGCCGUUUGCGAUGCAACAUAUAAGUUUACAUGGGUCAAUAUUGAGCAACGUGGUUCUAUAAGUGAUGAUGGAGUAUGGGCAAAUACUAAACUUGCAAGUUCUCUGGCUGCAGGUGAUUUACUCUUACCAGAUCCUACUCUAUUUCCAGAGACAAAUACUCCUUUUCCCUUUGUUUUUAUUGGUGAUGAAGCUUUCCCUCUAUCGACGCAUAUGAUGCGGCCCUAUCCUCGCGAAAAGCUGACUGAUGAUAUGAGGAUCUUUAAUUAUCGCUUAUUACGUGUACGACGCACAAUAGAGAAUGCUUUUGGAAUUUUGACUGCGCGAUGGCGUAUCUUACACAAACCUCUUUACAUGUCAAUAACCAACUGCGAAAAUGUAUUGAAAGCCCUCGUCUGCCUACACAAUUUUAUUAUGCUUGGGGAAGAACAUGAGUCUAUAAACAAUCGUCAGUAUUGUACAACAGAUUUAAUUGAUAUCGAGAAACAAGAUGGUGGGAUUAGGGAAGGACAAUGGAGACAGCACUUUUCCCCACAUUUUAUUGAACUAGGCCGAAUGGAUGCUAAUCAUUCUAUAGCGGAUGCAGAUUCUAUAGCGAAGGAAAUGAGAAAUACUCUUAAAGAAUAUUUUAUCUCUUCAACUAAUAAAACUCAAGCUCUAUGGCAAUACUAAUAUACAUUCACGGGAGCUAUUAUCAAUUCUAAGUAUAUAGUUUCUAAGUUUACAAAAUUGUAACUCUGAUAAAUUAUUACUCUGCGUUUUUAUAUUGUCUAGUCAGUUAGUAUUUUUCUUGUAUUUUAUUA